UGAGUCAUGCAUAACGCCAUAAUAACUCGAUCAGUAAACCGCCACCCUCCCGCGGUCUGUAUCAAUUAUCAGCUCACUGCAAAAAGCACCCCAAAAUUCAUACAAAUAAAUUCCCGCAAACGAUCCGAGUGUUCAGUCAAUUUUGUGAAUUGAAGAGGAAGCGCUGGAGAAUCUCGAUGUCGGGUCAUAAGCUCGGGAGGAUUCCUAGUAUGAGGGAGAGAGUGGAGGGCACUCUCUCUGCUCACAGAAAUGAACUCGUUGCUCUUCUCUCCAGAUUUGUGGCACAGGGGAAGGGGAUAUUGCAACCGCACAACCUGAUCGACGAGCUUAACAACGUUAGCUGCAAUGAAACUGCGGGUGUGAAGCUCAGUGAUGGUCCCUUCAGUGAAGUCUUGAAAUCUGCUCAGGAAGCCAUAGUGCUUCCCCCGUUUGUUGCUUUAGCUAUCCGUCCGAGGCCAGGCGUUUGGGAGUUUGUGCGCGUCAAUGUGUAUGAACUGAGUGUUGAUGAAUUGACAAUUUCUGAGUACCUUGGUUUCAAGGAAGAACUUGCUGAUGGGCAGAAAUGUGGGCAGUUCAUCCUUGAGCUUGAUUUUGAGCCGUUCAAUGUAUCAAUUCCACGACCCACCAGAUCAUCAUCAAUUGGAAAUGGGGUUAUAUUCCUCAACCGGCAUCUCUCUUCAAUCAUGUUCCGCAACAAAGAUUCUUUGGAGCCUUUACUUGAUUUCCUUAGAGUACACAAACACAAAGGGCAUGCUCUUAUGCUGAAUGACCGGAUAACAAAGAUCUCUCGUCUUGAAUCCUCAUUGGCUAAGGCAGACGAUUAUCUUUCAAAGCUUCCAUCAGAUGCACCAUAUUCAGAGUUCGAAUAUGCAUUGCAAGAAAUGGGUUUCGAGAGAGGUUGGGGUGAUACUGCUGGACGGGUUAAAGACAUGAUGCACCUGCUUUCCGACAUCCUUCAGGCUCCUGAUCCAUUAACCUUAGAAAAAUUUCUUGGUAGAAUUCCUAUGGUGUUCAAUGUUGUCAUUUUGUCAGUUCACGGAUACUUUGGGCAAGCAAAUGUGUUGGGGUUGCCUGACACAGGUGGCCAGGUUGUAUAUAUACUGGAUCAAGUGCGUGCCCUGGAAACUGAGAUGCUUCAAAGAAUAAAGCAGCAAGGACUUAAUAUUACGCCUAGAAUACUUAUUGUCACUCGAUUGAUACCUGAUGCAAAAGGCACUUCUUGCAACCAGCGGUUGGAGAGAGUGAGUGGAACUGAACAUUCACACAUUUUGAGGAUUCCUUUUCGAAGUGAUAAUGGGAUUCUUCGCAAAUGGAUAUCGAGGUUCGAUGUGUGGCCUUAUCUGGAGAGAUAUACUGAGGACGCCGCAAGUGAAAUUGCUGCUGAGCUGCAAGGAAAACCGGACCUAAUAAUUGGAAAUUACAGUGAUGGAAAUCUAGUUGCAUCCUUAUUAUCACAUAAGCUCGGGGUUACACAGUGCACUAUUGCACAUGCAUUGGAGAAAACCAAAUAUCCAGACUCGGAUAUAUAUUGGAAAAAGUUCGAGGACAAAUACCACUUCUCAUGUCAGUUUACUGCUGAUUUACUGGCGAUGAAUAAUUCAGAUUUUAUAAUUACCAGCACAUACCAGGAAAUUGCUGGAACGAAGAACACUGUUGGUCAGUAUGAGAGCCAUACCUCUUUCACCUUGCCAGGCUUAUACAGAGUUGUUCACGGGAUUGAUGUUUUCGAUCCUAAAUUCAAUAUUGUUUCUCCCGGAGCGGAUGAUACUAUUUACUUCUCGUACUCUGAAAAGGAAAAGAGGCUGACAUCUUUGCAUGGCUCAAUUGAACAGUUGAUAUAUGAUUCCGAGCAGAACGACGAGCACAUUGGUACACUGAGCGAUCCAUCGAAGCCUCUAAUUUUCUCCAUGGCGAGGCUUGAUCGAGUGAAAAACAUUUCGGGACUAGUAGAGUGCUAUGCUAAGAAUGCGAAGCUGAGAGAAUUGGCAAACCUUGUUGUGGUGGCUGGCUACAAUGAUGUGAAGAAGUCGAGUGACCGGGAAGAAAUAGCUGAGAUCGAAAAGAUGCAUGGUCUUAUGAAGCAAUACAAUCUGGAUGGGCAGUUGAGAUGGAUUUCUGCCCAAACAAACCGUGCACGAAAUGGUGAACUUUACAGAUACAUAGCUGACAAGAGAGGCAUAUUUGUUCAGCCUGCAUUUUACGAAGCUUUUGGGCUGACGGUGGUGGAAUCCAUGACUUGUGGUCUUCCAACAUUUGCAACCAGCCAUGGUGGCCCGAUGGAGAUUAUUGAAGAUGGUAUAUCGGGCUUCCAUAUUGAUCCAUAUCACCCCGACGAAGCAGCUGAACUCAUGGCAAAUUUCUUUCAAAAAUGUAAAGAAAAUCCCGAGUACUGGGUAAAAAUCUCUGAUGCAGGUCUUAAGAGGAUACAAGAAAGGUAUACAUGGAAAAUUUACUCUGAGAGGCUGAUGACUUUAGCUGGAGUUUAUGGCUUCUGGAAAUAUGUCUCGAAGCUCGAGAGGCGCGAGACUAGACGCUACCUAGAGAUGUUUUACAUUCUCAAAUACCGCGAACUGGUGAAAUCCGUCCCCCUUGCCAUUGAAGAUGCAGAAUGAAACUUCAAAACCUGCCCGUGUUGUAUAUAUGCAGUUCCAAAUAAAGGUUAUAUGGCCAUGAAUAUGUUCAUAUGAAGAAUUUAAUGCGUGUUCUCCUCUCUGUAUUUGCAGCUUUCCAAAUAAAAUGGACUUUAAUUAACUGUAUCAACUGUCACAGGUUUAUCUUCUUGAAACCUGACCUUAUAAUCUGAGAUAAAAUAAGUUUGUGUUUCCAAA